CGUUGGGGCAGCUCCUGUGACAGACGGAGCUGGAGCGGCGGGGCGGCGGCGGAGUCCGGCGGCCGAGAUAGCGAGUGAGCGAGCGAACGAGCAGCGACCCAGGGGUCCAGGGAGCGAGAAGGAGAAGGAGGGGAGCGCUCGGGCGCGAGCGAGAGAAACCGCGAGCGCCAGGCUUGGGCUCGAGCCCCGGAACGGCUGAGGAGCCCGCCCGCUCCCCUCCCCUCCCCCUCCCCGGGACAGGGCCCAGCGCGCCAUCCUCCCCCUCCCUCCUUCCCUCCCUCCCUCCUUCCUCCCUUCCCUCUCCCUCUCCCCCUCCCCCGCCGGUGGAUGGGAGUGAAGGACGGAAGAGGCCCUGCGGAGGCGGCGGUGCAGCGCUCCGGGCUCAUCAAAUCUCCCCACUGAAGACAGUUGAGCGGGAUGAUAUUUAAACUGAAUCUUGAAUGAAUAAUUGGAGUGGACAUGGGAGAAGGUCGUUUGAGGUAGAGGGAAGAGCAACAUAUACAGGUGGAAUGAACCUUACUUGUUGAAUAUCUCCUGGUUACUCGUUGGAUUCACUUGUGGAAGAAUCAUUUUCCCCUGCGUGGAAGCCACUUAGUGGCAUAUUUAAUUAUAAAUCCAGGGAUAGCAAAGUUUUUUGAUUUCCCAAAGGAGGGACAUACCACUAUAUCAGAUAAGCUUGACAUUACAGCCAAAAUGGUGCUGUCCCAGAGACAACGAGAUGAACUAAAUCGAGCUAUAGCAGAUUAUCUUCGUUCAAAUGGCUAUGAAGAAGCAUAUUCAGUUUUUAAAAAGGAAGCUGAAUUAGAUAUGAAUGAAGAAUUAGAUAAGAAAUAUGCUGGUCUUUUGGAAAAAAAAUGGACAUCUGUUAUUAGAUUACAAAAGAAGGUUAUGGAAUUAGAAUCAAAGCUAAAUGAAGCAAAAGAAGAAUUUACGUCGGGUGGACCUCUUGGUCAAAAAAGAGACCCAAAAGAAUGGAUUCCCCGUCCACCAGAAAAAUAUGCAUUGAGUGGUCAUAGGAGUCCAGUCACUCGAGUCAUUUUCCAUCCUGUGUUCAGUGUUAUGGUCUCUGCUUCAGAGGAUGCUACAAUUAAGGUGUGGGAUUAUGAGACUGGAGAUUUUGAACGAACUCUUAAGGGGCAUACAGACUCUGUACAGGAUAUUUCAUUCGACCAUAGUGGCAAGCUUCUGGCUUCAUGUUCUGCGGAUAUGACCAUUAAACUAUGGGAUUUUCAGGGCUUCGAAUGCAUCAGAACCAUGCAUGGCCAUGACCACAAUGUUUCUUCAGUAGCCAUCAUGCCCAAUGGAGAUCAUAUAGUAUCCGCCUCAAGGGAUAAAACUAUAAAAAUGUGGGAAGUGCAAACUGGCUACUGUGUGAAGACAUUCACAGGACACAGAGAAUGGGUACGUAUGGUGCGGCCAAAUCAAGAUGGCACUCUGAUAGCCAGCUGUUCCAACGACCAGACUGUGCGCGUGUGGGUCGUAGCAACAAAGGAAUGCAAGGCUGAGCUUCGAGAACAUGAGCAUGUGGUAGAAUGCAUUUCCUGGGCUCCAGAAAGCUCCUAUUCUUGCAUCUCUGAAGCAACAGGAUCUGAGACUAAAAAAAGUGGCAAGCCUGGACCAUUCUUACUGUCUGGAUCCAGAGACAAGACUAUCAAGAUGUGGGACGUCAGUACUGGCAUGUGCCUUAUGACCCUUGUGGGUCAUGAUAACUGGGUACGUGGAGUUCUGUUCCAUUCUGGGGGGAAGUUUAUCUUGAGUUGCGCUGAUGACAAGACCCUGCGUGUGUGGGAUUACAAGAACAAGCGAUGCAUGAAGACCCUCAAUGCGCAUGAACACUUUGUUACCUCCUUGGAUUUCCAUAAGACGGCACCAUAUGUGGUUACUGGCAGUGUAGAUCAAACAGUAAAGGUGUGGGAGUGCCGUUGAUUGAGUUUCAUUUGGCCCCUCCUCCCUUGUUUCCUCUGGAUGCACUCUGAUGAUACCAUGGUUACCCCAUUGAGCUCUGUUUAAAUAAAUAUUGUCCUUUCAUGUAAAUUA